AUGGCACAACCCGACGUCAGUUGGAUGGUUCCCAUUGAAGUCAUGCUGGGUGCCCUCUUUCACGGCCAAGUCCAAGCAUGCAGCAUCUCAAGAGUUACAGAGGGGCUUCGAGGCCCAAACGAAGCAGCUUUCAAGCCAAAAGAGGUCUCCAUAGGACCCUUACACAGAGGAACCACCAGACACCUCCAAAUAAUGGAAGAGACCAAGUGGCGUUACAUGCGCGAAUUUCUUGACAGAAGAGGAACGCAGGCACAAAACAGAAGAUCAGAACAAAGACUCAGAGACUGCGGCAACGACAUCCUCAAGUUGGACAAACUAAUCAUCGCAAGCUACGGAGGUAACAUCGAAUCAGAACCUCAUGAGUUAGCUAAGAUAAUGAUAGUAGAUGGGUGUUUUCUGUUGGAGCUCCUUAUGAAACUUGGUGAUUUUAUACGUAAUAACAGUAACAAUGGUAGCAACCCAAAUGACCCCAUAUUGCAGAACCAAGAGAAGAUGGUGUCUGUUAUAAAUGACAUCACAAUGCUUGAGAACCAAGUUCCCUUCAUUGUUCUCAAGAAGUUGUUCAGGAAGGUCUUUCCUGAUGGCAGUGACAUCAACAAUGAUCACCGCGUUGCUAAUAUUGUUCGAAAAGCUUUUGGUUACUCUGAGGUGGAUAGCCCUGGUGGCGUCCACGUUCUUCACUUGAUGCACUUGUCCACAGUGGAACAGACUCAGCAAGAGGGUAAACGCGUGAAGCGAGAGCUUCUGCGCUGCGCAACAAGGCUUCACGCUGCUGGAAUAACAAUUGAAUCUGGAGACAUCACUCAUCGCCAUGAGUUGUUGGAUUGGUUCAACUUUGACAUUAGUUUGACAGACAGUGUGCUCAGAAUUCCACGACUGUGUGUGAAGGAAACAACAGAAGUGAGGUGGAGGAACUUGAUUGCGUGGGAGCAGAGCAGAAUUUGGAUCAGAUGUAAGUACACUUCGUAUGCAUUGUUCUUCCAAGGGUUGGUUUGUUGCAAGCAUGACAUUGAGCUGCUAGAGGGGAAAAGGGUUAUAGUGAAUAAGGCUAGGAAGAGCAAGGAAGAAUUGUUGGAUCUGUUUCGGACGAUUCCUAAUGGGGCUGAGUACAUGGAUUCAAGUUAUGAGGACAUUUGUCAUAGAUUGAACGAGUACCGGGAGAAUAAUGUCAGAACUGCAUUGCAAGAAUUUCCAAUUGUCACUUGGCAUGGAUGCAGAGGGGUUUGUGAGACCAUUGUUUACUACUGGGGAAACUGGUACAGAAUUUUGAGACGUGAUCACAUCCCCACGGUGUGGAAAUUCAUAGGAGUGUUAGCAGCUGUUGCACUCCUUGUUCUCACAAUUAUGCAGACCUAUUAUUCAUCCCGCUCAAAACCUAAUUAG